AUGAGAUCCCUGAGAUAUAUCACAUACGGACGAGCAGUAUGGGUUCCGGCCAUCGCCUCGAAAUUCCUGCUGCUUGAGUUGCUCACGCUCUUACUACUGUGGCAAAUCAGCGAUCGCGGGACGACAUACAUCGCUGGCGGUCCUCGUAUCGUCUACAUCGGAUAUGUUCUCGGCAAUCAUAAGACAGACGCGAUCGUUAUCUCGACCGUCGUCGCUCCCUUGUAUACUGCGGCGCUGAUACUCGAGCGAUAUUUUCGGCGAACGAAUCGACUGCCAGGCUCGGAGAAGCGCUAUACGGUCAUAUUGGAGUACAUCGCCAUUGCUGCCGGCAUAAUCGCAGCCAUAGCAUUCAUCGGCUUGACUAUCUUCGAUGUCUUUGAUUGGCGAAGAACGCAUUGGACGCUCGUCAGCACUUUUGCCAUUUUCGUCUCAUUGUCGAUCCUUUGUCAGACUGUAGAAGUUUUGCAGAUCGAAAGCGAGAAUCCUCGUGCAAAGCUGCUCAAGGCAAGCGCGAUGCUCAAGCUGUUCAUCGUCAUUCUCGCUGUCGGCUGUGUCGGAGGCUACGUAGCGAGCGUGAUCUUAUGCGCAAACACGGAAUACGAGAGAUGUAGGCUGCUAGAUGACGGCGCGAACAGCCUUUCAUGGGCGAUCGCGUUCAUCUUCAACGCAUAUCUGUUCAGCCUGAUCCUAGAUCUCGAACCGACCUCGACGAAUUCGCCAAAGCAGAUGCGAUCGGUUCAGCAGAAGCUCGCCCGAAGUAGCAAGACGUCUCUGGAUUCUGCGAUUGACUGGCCGUCAUCUCGAGGCUCAUGGGACAGCGACACGAAGGGCAGCUCGUGGGAGAUGGUGGGUGACAACCUGAAGCCGCAAGGAACCCACGCGCUUGCCGCUCGCACGACGCUGGACUUCAGCAUAGGGCUACUGAGCCCACCUUUGCGAGCGCCCUCAAAGCUUGCAGCUUCAACUGGCAGCAGGGACCGGCAACGAGGCGGGCAAACGCGAUCGAAAGUCAACACAGACUCUUUGAGCUCGCUAUCGACCAAAGGAAGCGAUCUCCCUGCUCCCUUGCGGGCACCUGUUCGCGCUCGAUACACAUGUGCAGCUCAACCAAGAUGGAACGAUGACGAUGAGGUCAUGUCGCUGAUCUCAGACAAGGACUACUUGUUGCGCAGUCUGCGCAUCCAAUUCCACCGCAGCUUCGACGACCGGCUCAGCCUUGCAUUGCUGGCUGCGGAUACCUAUGGCUCUCCUUCGGCUCACUCUAUCCUCGCACGGCUAGAUGAUGAUCAUAUUUAUCCUGAGCUGGCAAGAGCAGGCAGCCCGGAGCUAGCAUACGACGAGCAACAUGGUCGACGACGCGGAAACGGAGCGCAACCGGGCAAUGAAAGCUUUCCAGCCUCGGGCACAAGUCUCAGGUACAGCGAAACAAUCGGCAACCGUCAUGCUGGACCUGGUAUGCGAGUCUCUGGCCGGAAGAGCUCUAGAAAUCCCCGUCAUUCGUCGACAAGUCGAUCGGUCCAUGAGACAGCUCAAUCUGACACUGCGCCAUCAAGCUCACCGGCACACUCACGCGCUGCUCAUUCGAGUGGACCACUACAUCGAGCAGAUGCGAGCACGUCACAAAUGACACUAGAUCAGCUUGUCGACUCUGAUAAUGACUCUGAUGCGUCUCUCGGCAACGCGAAUGAGUCACCUAGCACAGCAAGCAGACCACAGAAGACACGUUCAACUGCCGUCCUACGCCGCGAACCACCUAAAGUGACUAUUCAAUCGCCGCUGGCCAGUCCUACACCGACGUCGCCUCAGAGUGCUGAAGCGGGUCUUACUCGCAAUAAUCGACAAAGUCAUGCGCCUCAGACGCAUGAGCAAGCCCUCACAGAGGCGAUGGCGGCCGAAGACAUUCAAGUCCUCCCAUCUGCGCCCAUAGCGAUUGCAUCGACAAUGUCUGACCCGCAGCUUUCGGGCGACUCGCUCUCGACGGUGCCGAUGACAGAAGAUGACAGUUCCUAUAUCAACAGUAUGAGUCGAUCUACAAGUGUGACGCAAAGGACUCAAGGCGAUCAAAAGCCUCCCGCCAGCGUGCCGCAGCAAGACUUGCGGCCGCCUGCCGCUGCUGAGUCUUCACCGCCACUUAUCGAACCGCCACAGAACGCCCAAUAUCCUAGAGCACGACAACGACGUCGGGUCAACAUUAGCGCUCUGCGUCCUCUGACUUUGCUGCCCAUCCUCGAACCAGAACAGAAUGUAAGCCCAAGGAGUGACUCGCCAAUUCGUCCGCGCCCGCGCUCGCGUUCGGGCAGCUCUCCAUCCUUAGCACCUUCGGUUGGCAAGCCAAGGCUAGACUCAAGAUUGUCUCAAGAGAUCUUGGCAGGAUCAAAAUAUGACGUUGAGCAUGAUGACGGGAAGCAGUUCCCUUCGAGCAGGCAGCACAGUCGGACAAGCUCACAAGGUUCGUCGCAAUUUGCAGACAGCUCUCAGGAGUACUCGGCCUCGCGGUCUCGCUCGCAUAGUAGGAGCAAGCCAGACGCUGAGCCAAUCGUCUUUGGCAAGCAAGUCCCGCCGUCCUUAGGCUUGCCCGCCAAAUCGUUCCUUUCAAUCGCACUGUCAAGUCAACAGAGCGAUCAAGGCGACUCGAAUCCUUUCAAUCGGCUAUAUGGCGCUCUAUCGAGCAAAGAAGCCAAUGCGAUUCAGCUAUCAGUCUAUUUCCCGCAUUCCGCCAAACCUUCUGCUCCCCUCAAGCUAUCGCUCAAACCCGACUUGAUCGCUGAGGAAGUCAUUGGCGCGGGCUUGUGGGCCUACUGGAAGGAUGGCAGAGAGCCAGCGCUCGACGUGGACAGCGACCUCGACACAGACACUGCGGGCUGGAACUUACGAAUGGUCGAAGAUGAUGGCAUGGUCGAUGAAGACUUUCCCGCUCUGGACCGAAUGCGGCCUAUCGCAAAGUUUGCUUUCGAAGACUUUGCAGUCGUUCGAGCGAGCGGCAAUCAACAGAAUCAGAACAAGGCAGCUCAAGCGACUUUAUCACGUCGACCGUCUCGCAUCAUCGCACGGCAAGUACCCGUCGAUGCCAUUGCGGGCGAACGUCAAAAGGCAGCACUACCGGACCCUGCCAUGAGUGCAGCUUCGCUCCAGGCGUACACUAUGGGCGCCUCGUCUGCAAUGGGCGUGCCGGUCUAUCUGCGCAUCAGAUUGCCCAUGGUCGGCCGCGAUUCGCAGACAACGACGAUCAAUGUGCCUUCCGAUAUGUAUCUGGCAGACGUGCUCGAGCUUGUCUGCAGAAAGAAAGGCAUCUCAAAGCCUGCCGAAUGGGCGCUUGCCGUGGCCGAUCGAGAGCUUGUCGUGCCCCUCGAUCGGACCGUCGAGAGUCUCCGAGGCAUGCAUAGCUUGCGCCUCAUCAGGCGGUCACGCUCGGCUGCUCAAGCCACGCCCAAGUCCAGACUGGGUCAGCUUCAGAACACGAACCCGAGUGCGUCUAUCUUUAAGCGACUUUCCGAAUCGACGCAGCCACGUUACGUAUCUGCGACAGAGCUUACGUCGACGUACAAACGCUAUGUGCUUCAGCGGAAGCUACCCAUGCCGCUCGGGCGCAACGAACGUAUCCUCUCCAUCGACGGUGACUACAUCCACAUUCUGCCGUCCGAAUCGAAGGGUGCAACAGACAAGGGCCGAACGGCUAGCUAUCACGUCGGCAACGUCGCCGAUUGCAAGCAGAGCAAGAAAGCUUCUCGGUCUUUCAAGUUGGUCGUCUGGCGCGCAAAGGAAGCCAAGCGCUAUGACUUUGAGGCAGCCGAUUCUAGACAAGCUGCUGAUUGCGUCGCAACGAUCAAUCGCCUCAAGACGAAUCAUCGCGCACAGGCAGAAGCGCGUGCAGAGGCCAGAGCGAGGCGGCAAUGA